CCCCCAACAGAGCUAGUCAGAGCUUCGCUACUGCUAACUGAACUGCGGACUACAGCAGGGAGGCUGUUCUUUGGCUCCUUACUAGUAGGUGGAAGUUGCAGUGCUUGCACUAACACGAAGGCCUUUUUUUUGAACAUAUUGUCGACUACUGCUGCCAUACCUAAGGAUUAUAAUUUGAAGAGAAUGCGAGUUUGGCCGUGAAGCUGUUAAACUGAUAGCUAAUCAAGCCUCUAACCUUGGGCUGCGGUGUUCUGUCGAUAAAAUCAGAGACGGGCUUUCUUGAAACUUGGAAAUCAAUGUCCGAGAAGAGUUCGUCGUCCGGUUCGGAUGAGGACGUGGACCCAGAAUCCGGGCAGCCUGUGGAGUUCGGAGGAGUUUUAAGCAAAUGGACGAAUUAUAUACACGGAUGGCAGGACCGAUGGGUUGUGCUAAAAAACAACACACUGAGUUACUACAAGUCGGAGGAUGAACGGGAGUACGGCUGCCGAGGUUCCCUGUGCCUCAGCAAGGCUGUUAUCACACCUCACGAGUUUGACGAGUGCCGUUUUGACAUCAGCGUGAAUGACAGCGUUUGGUACCUCAGGGCAGAGGACCCUGAGCACAGGCAGGAGUGGAUCGAAUCCAUAGAGCUGCAUAAGGCUGAGUCUGGAUACGGUUCAGAAACGAGUCUGAGGCGUCAUGGUUCCAUGUUGUCUCUCACUUCAGCUGCUAGUGCCUUGUCUUCCACUUCCACAUCCUCCUUCAAGAAGGGCCACAGGCUGCGCGAGAAGCUCGCAGAAAUGGAAACUUUCCGGGACAUUCUGUGCCGACAGGUGGACACUCUUCAAAAGUAUUUUGACUCCUGUGGUGAUGCGGUUUCCAAAGAUGAAUUUCAGAGAGACAGAGUUGUGGAGGAAGAUGAAGAUGAAUUUCUGACCACUACAAGACCUGACGGUGAACACAAUCACAACAACAACGGCAGCAAAGAGAAAUUGUUUUCUCCGGCCAGUCCCAAAGUUAUUAACGGGAUUGACUUCAAGGGAGAAGCCAUCACCUUUAAAGCCACCACUGCUGGCAUCCUGUCCACUUUGUCUCACUGCAUCGAGCUGAUGGUCAAACGAGAAGACAGCUGGCAGAAGAGACUCGACAAGGAGUUGGAGAAGAGGAGGAGGGUAGAAGAUGCCUACAGAUGUGCAAUGAGCGAACUGAAGAAAAAGUCCCACUAUGGAGGCCCAGACUAUGAGGAGGGGCCCAACAGUUUGAUCAAUGAGGAUGAAUUUUUUGACGCGGUGGAAGCCGAGCUGGACCGACAGGAUAAAAUUGAAGAACAGUGCCAGUCGGAGAAAGUCAGGACACCGCGACCGCCUCCUGUUUCUCCUACUGAUGUAUUUUCCGCCAUCAGUACACACCGAUUUGCAGACAAGCCUCGUAGCUAUUCCUCCUCCGUGUCCUCAGUUGAGCUAGUCACCGCCUCAGAUGACGUUCACAGAUUCAGCUCUCAGGUGGAGGAGAUGGUGCAGAAUCAUAUGACUUAUUCUCUUCAGGACGUGGGUGGAGAUGCCAACUGGCAGCUGGUAAUAGAAGAAGGAGAGAUGAAGGUUUACAGGAGAGAAGUGGAGGAGAACGGCAUCGUCCUGGAUCCUCUUAAAGCGACUCACGCUGUCAAAGGCGUAACAGGACAUGAGGUCUGCCACUACUUCUGGGACACAAAUGUUCGAAAUGACUGGGAAACCACCAUUGACAAUUUCAACAUUGUGGAAACACUUUCCGAUAAUGCCAUCAUUGUUUACCAAACGCACAAGAGAGUGUGGCCCGCCUCUCAGAGGGACAUUCUUUAUCUGUCGGCCAUCAGGAAGAUUCUGGCAACAAACGAAAACGAUCCUGACACAUGGCUGGUGUGCAACUUCUCUGUCGACCAUGACAAGGCUCCACCCACAAACCGGUGUGUUCGUGCCAAAAUCAAUGUGGCCAUGAUCUGCCAAACGCUGGUCAGCCCACCAGAGGGCGACAAAGAGAUAAGCAGAGACAACAUCCUCUGUAAGAUCACGUAUGUUGCCAAUGUAAACCCUGGAGGCUGGGCUCCAGCUUCAGUCCUGAGAGCCGUCGCCAAGAGAGAGUAUCCCAAGUUCCUCAAACGUUUCACCUCCUACGUUCAGGAAAAAACAGCUGGGAACCCCAUCCUCUUCUGAACACUAAGAGGCUCUCCCAUCGUAGGGAUGAUGCCCUUCAUUCAACACGCUGUCAGAAACCACAUGGCCCACUCGCCUUUCAUUUACACAAAUCUCCAGCAGGACUGCAUAUGAUCAGGACGUCCCUGAAGAUGAGCGAGCUUUAACGCCUCAGUAGUUUCCACCCCAGCUGCAUCUCACUGGCUGCCUCCAUCUAGUGGCCAUGAAAGUGCAUUAAUAGUCAGUUCAAGAGUUUUUGAAGAAAUGUUAUUGAUUUGUUGUGUUUUUUUUCUUCCUCUUCUUUUUUUUUGUAAACUGUUUUGUACAUUUCUUAUGAUUACCUACUUCUGGACUUUUUUGGGUGUGCUAUAAUCACUAGUAUUACAGUUAUUUGUUUUUGCUGCUGCUAAAGUAAACUACCACAAGAGAGGAGCAGCUGCCCACUGUUUUCCCCCUUUCUUGCCUUGCCCUGCCCUUCUUGUGACGACUCUUUACUGUUUGAUGGGGGGGUCAGGGCUCACUGCUUUGAAAUCUUUAUAUUUCCAGAUUGUUAUAAACUAGUUUUUCGGGGAGCACAUAGACACAAUGUAUUGUACAGAGAGUUAACUUUUCAGUUAGUUUACCAACAUGACAAAUGUGAAUCGACUGUUAAACGCUUGAAUCUGAUGACAGCAAUUAGCUGGGGCAGUGGAAGAUUGAGAGAUUUUGCUUAUUAACUCUUCUUGGUUCGUUUUUUUUUUUUUUUUUUUUAAUGCUAAACUGAUAAUAUGGCCAACUGUGGUCUGAAGAUGCUAAGUUGCGAUCAUCAUUUGUCUGUAACCUCCAGCUCAGUGUUUCAGAUGGACAUUUGCAUAUGGUCAGCCUCGGUGUGAUGCUAGGAUUCCUCUCCUUUGUUGAGAGAUAAUCAGAUCCACUUUGCACACCUGUUUUUUUUUUUUGUUUUGUUUUUUUGUAAAUUGUUUGCUAGGCACUGAAAGCCAUUUCCGCGUGUCAAGUUUGAAAACGAGAUAUGCCUUUGUGCUACAGAAGUGAAAUUAUUAACUGAUGGGAAGUAUAUCAUUCACAUCUUCAGCUGUCAGUUGUGGAGAAUUUACAUUUCACACGCCACACUGCGGUGCAGCGGCAUCCUGCUAUUUGACUGAUAAAUGAACCACCCCCAGAAUGCCUUAGACACCAGGGUGACCCUUAAAACGUUCUAGAUUUCUCUACAGCCACCAGAUGUGCAUUUAUCAACACUGCAUUGAAACUGGGGGGUGGGGAGUGAUGGGUCGACAUUUCACGUCAUCGUACCUCAUGACUUUUAGAUUGUGUUUAACGCCAGCAAGCGUUGGGAGUUCUUCAAUCAGCUGAUCUGUGCGGCUGGGAAAUUCGCCCACAGAUUUAAUAAUCUUAGAGCUCAGAGAUUUGGAACCGUUCUGGAUUAUUGUUUUUGCUGAUAACACAAGCUAGAUCAACAUGUUAUAUCAUCUGAAGAAUACAGUUAGUGUUUUUAAUUGUAUUUUGUCAGCAAUCUACAGACUUUGUAUAUUUCUAAGUUGUACAUCUGAAGUGUUAUUAUUUGCACUAAGUGUAUUUGCAUUUGACAAUGUUCUGUAAAGUAAAAUUAUUACACAAGAGCUGAAUAAAAGUGUACUGUUUAUGGAGACAAA